AUAAAGCAAAUCACGCAGAGCGAUAACAUUGCUAUUCUUAUUGACGCUGAUGCGGCUGCAGAAAAUCUUUCGUGCAUUGUCUUGGAUAUCCUUGUUGAACUCCCAAACCCUACGGCACUGGAUGAACUUGUUAUUGAAACUUCUGACAGCGCCAUAGAGAUCGAUGGUGGCAUGUAUUUUUCACGAGGCCUCAAGCUUGCCACAAUCAAUGGAAACAUUACCAUGGGGCCCAGGGAAUGUCGUGGAGCUCAAUACACAUGCGGGACAUAUCGAAUGCUCGAUCCAUGAAAGCCCAGCAGUUACCCAGAUUACUGCUCGCUCUACUACAGGCAAAUUAAACAUUAUAUAUACUGGUGUUCCAUCUUCGUCGAACACACUGGUGGACCAACAAAGAAGUGUAUUGAUUAAUUUGACCACCGUCUCAGGCGACAUUCAUGCGCAAAUGAGCAAAGUGGACAACUUAGUAUACGAUGUGUACAGACAAUUUAAUAGCGGUGCUGGACAGGGAUCAUCCCAUGAAGAAUUUGAAAAAUUCCUCGAUAUGCUCAAUCACACCAUUAGAGAAGGUCCAUCGCUUUUUGACUGGACUGUAUACCAACGCUCCGUAUGGGGCUCUGCCGAUAUCUCCACCGUUCAUUUAGUAGCUAGAUCGUCAGCAAUGCAUACUAGCACCAACAUUUCAUUCUGCCGCUGCGAAAAUCAUUCCAGAAGCAACAAAAGGCAACCUACUUUAACACAAAAUCGAAGCAUCAUGAAUUGAAGAAAUAUAUCGUUUUUAACUUUAUUGAAAAAUA